CACCCGCACUUGCUUUCCCCACCCGCGUGCCAGACGAUCCAAGUGGAGCAGCUGGCGGGCCGAGCCUCUUGGGAUCAUUGGCCCGACCAGCCAUGGCGCCGCUGGGCACAAUCCUCUGCUGCCUGCUGGCCGCUUAGGGCCUCGGAUGGCCCUUGGGGUCAGCUGGCGGCUGGAGCCGGGCUCCAGCAGUUGGCCAGUUUUGGCACGUGACUGACCUGCACUUGGACCCUACCUACCACAUCACAGAAGACCAUACCAAAGUGUGCUCUUCAUCGAAAGGUGAAAAUGCUUCUAACCCUGGACCAUUUGGAGAUGUUCUAUGUGAUUCUCCAUAUCGACUUAUUUUAUCAGCAUUUGAUUUUAUGAAAAAUUCAGGACAAGAAGUAUCUUUUAUGAUAUGGACAGGGGAUAGCCCACCUCAUGUUCCAGUACCUCAACUCUCAACAGACACUGUUAUAAAUGUGAUCACUAAUAUGACAAUCACAGUCCGGAGUCUUUUUCCAAAUCUCCAGGUUUUCCCAGCCUUGGGUAAUCAUGACUAUUGGCCACAGGAUCAGCUGCCUAUAGCCUCCAGCAAAGUGUACAAUGCAGUAGCAAACCUCUGGGAACCAUGGCUAGAUGAAGAAGCUAUUGGUACUUUAAGGAAAGGUGGCUUUUAUUCACAGAAGGUUCCAAAUAAUCCGAGCCUUAGGAUCAUCAGUCUGAACACAAACUUGUACUAUGUCCCAAAUGUUGUGACCCUGAACAAGACUGACCCAGCAAAUCAGUUUGAAUGGCUAGAAAAUACACUGAACAACUCUCAGAACAAUAAGGAGAAGGUGUACAUCAUAGCCCAUGUGCCAGUGGGAUAUCUGCCUUUCCCAGGGAGCAACACAGCAAUAAGGGGAUACUACAAUGAGAAAUUGAUAGAUAUUUUUAGAAAAUACAGUAAUAUCAUUGCAGGACAAUUUUAUGGACACACUCACAGGGAUAGCAUUAUGGUUCUUUCAGAUAAAAAAGGAAACCCUGUAAAUUCUUUGUUUGUGGCUCCUGCUGUUACACCAGUGAAGAGAAUUUCACAAAAACAGACCAAUAACCCUGGUAUCAGACUCUUUCAGUAUGAUCCUCAUGAUUAUAAAUUAUUGGACAUGUUGCAGUAUUACUUAAACCUGACAGAGGCAAAUUUAAAGGAAGAAUCCAACUGGAGAUUGGAGUACAACCUGACUGAGACAUAUGACAUUGAAGAUUUGCAGCCAACAAGUUUAUAUGGAUUAGCUAAACAAUUUACAAUGUUAGACAGUAAGCUGUUUAUGAAAUACUAUAAUUACUUCUUUGUGAGUUAUGAUAGCAGUGUGAUAUGUGAUGUGAAUUGUAAGGUCUUCCAAAUUUGUGCAAUUAUGAAUCUUGAUCAUACUUCCUAUGCAGAGUGUCUUGAACAAUAUCAUAUAAAGCACAAUCAGUAGUAUUUCACUGUUUGUUCACAGGUAAUAUAACGUUUUUCUGUUUCUGAGAUCAGUAUGUAGGAUUUCUUAUAUACAUCUUUGUGAAUUGUCGAGUAGGAAACAGAAUUCUAUCUUUGCAUUCUUUAUUAUGAUGCCCAAAUUAUUUUUAAUAUCCUAAAUUUUUUACAUUGAAUAUCAUUAAAAUGCAAAUUAAUAGAAUAAUAUUUGGAUGUAAAUAUCCUAUGUUCCAGUUUUUAUAAUUAUGUCUAAUUUAUAUCCUUGUUGAAAUGAUUAUUUAUACAAUAAAGUGAAUAAUUUCUCUUCAACUAUGAAGAAGUCAUCUUCAUAUUAUAAUUUUCAGGUUUUUAAGUCACUCUUGUUAAAACCCUAUGUGUAAACUGAGACUUAAACUCAUGCAUAAAUUGUCUUUCUGGCAAGUGGAUG